AGAGACCGUAACGGACCGGAAAGACGAUGCGUUCUGCGAGAUCGUAGUCAGUUGCCAGUCGCUCAGCAAGUACGAGACCAACAUCUGGUCGGCCUUACCGCAGAUCACCUCCUCGAUCAUCGCCGCAGCAUUCCACAUCGUCAUCGGCGUGUCGUUGGCGUUCUCGGCCAUCCAAAUACCACAGCUCGAAGAUGCCAGCAGUGAGCUGCGGAUCACCAAGGCACAAUCGUCAUGGAUUGCUUCCAUAAUCGUGAUCAUGGUUCCGAUCGGGUCACUUUUCGCCGGACUGGUGAUGGAGUUUCUCGGUCGGCUGAAUACCAUCAAACUGGCCACGGUGCCCUGCGUCAUCGGGUGGAUCAUCAUUGCCCUGGCCGAUAGCUUCACGAUGAUAAUGGUCGGACGGGUGCUGACCGGAUUCGCCUGUGCCAUGGGUAUGAGCCCGGCCAUCGUCUACAUCACCGAAGUAUCCCGGCCCGAUAUGCGGGGAUCGCUUAUUUCUUCCGGACCAACCAUUGCUUCCCUAGGUAUGGUAAUAGCAUACACGAAGGGUGCCUUCCUUCAUUGGCGUGUUGUUGCGUGGACCAGUAUCAUCUAUACGGUGCUACCGGUGAUACUGAUUCAGCUGUUCGUACCGGAAUCUCCGGUUUGGUUGGUGUCGAAGGGACGUAUUGAAGAUGCUGCCCGGUCGCUUCGUUUCCUGUACAAAAAGUAUCCUCAGCCAGAUCAUACGGAUACACCUUUGGCCGAGAUGCACUUGAACGCCCUGCUCAAAGACCGAGAAUCGAAAAUUCGCGAAGCCGAACGUACCAUGGGUGCCAACAAAAGCAAACUUCGGGGUUUCCUGAAACCUACCGGCUACAAACCGCUGAUCAUCCUGUUCUGGUUCUUCCUGAUCCAACAGUACAGUGGAAUUUACAUCACACUGUUCUAUGCGGUCACCUUUAUCCAGGAUGUCGGGACCGAGGUGAACGCCUUCACGGCUUCCAUUUUUGUCGGAAUGACACGGUUUUUGAUGAGUCUGUUUAAUGCCUGGCUGCUGAAGCGUUUCCGUCGAAGGUUGCUGGUGAUGGUUUCCUGCACCGGAAUGGCCAUUUGCAUGUUCACGUCCGGAACUUUCACCUACUGGAUCAAAGAGGGCACCACUACGCUGACGUGGGUUCCUGUGGUUGGAUUGCUGCUGUACGUUUGCUCUUCCAUGAUCGGUUUGCUGACCAUCCCAUGGACCAUGACUGCUGAGCUGUUUCCGACGGACAUUCGAGGUAUCGGCCACUCGAUCUCGUUUUCUCUAGCUUACGUUCUCAUGUUUAUUGCCGUUCAAGGAUACAGGUCCCUGGACGAAUUACUUGGCGGUGCCCAUGCCACUCAAUGGAUGUUUGGGGCUGUUUCGGUGAUUGGCUUUUUCUUCGCCCUGUUCUUCCUGCCAGAAACACACGGUAAAUCGCUCGCUCAAAUCGAGGCGUACUUCGCCGGUAGUAAGAAGCGUUCUCCAACGCAUGUCCAGGAGAGCAGCUCUCCGCGAACCAAUGUGGUCGAUCACCUAAUCAAAAGUCCCAGCACAAUACGGAUGGCCGAAAUGGAGUCGAUGUUAAAAUUGCGCAGGGAUUCAACAACAGCUUAGGACGAAUAGGCGUGAUACGAAACGUAUAUUUCUAUGUGUUUUGCUAAAAUUUAUCAGUAAAAAGGACAAAACAUUCAGAUAUAAGUGUACUUACGCUGCUUUAUAAAAUAUAACUGCGGUCAAAAUUGAGAACAAAAGUAUUUACAAAACUUUGAUACCGUAACAAUGAAGGAGUACUUAAACGAGAAAAUGUGUCUUGCUAUUCAGCUACAAAUAGCCCUACGAUACAACGCUAGAACAGUAUUAAAUUUUGGAACUGUAUUUUCGUAUGACAAAUAUCAAUAAAUUUCUUACGUAUAUUUUCAGUUCAUAUUGUAUCGAUUAAGGAAUAGAUGUUAGAUUUGUAAAAGUAAGAGUUGUUUUAAAUCUGUUGGAACACAUUUCGAUUAUGAAAACUUUUUUUACGGCAGCUUCUGAAAUAUAUUU